AUGUAUAAUUAAAUAAUUGAGCAGAAAGCUAUUGAAUCUCUUCUGAACAUUUGUUAUGACGAUUAACCACAAUAUGACGAUGAUUAUGAAUGUGAAAUCAAGAAAAUAUUGCAAAGAACAAUCACUGAAAGAUUGAAAAAAUAGAAAACAGAAAUAUCAACUAGAUUAAAUACUAUCAGUUUCCGUACAACGUCGAAAACUCCUAAUCAAUUUAGGUUCAAAACUGAAACCAGAUCUUUAAGUAAACCAGUUAGACUCCCAGCGAGAGUCAAAAAUUUUUAACUCAUUACAUCAAAGCCACCAGGUAAACCUACUGCUAAAUCUUUACGGAAUUUUAAUCAGAAAAAUUAAGUGCCACUAAAAGCAUCAAUUGUUUCCUUGCAAAAUUCCUCUGGAUUUAGCAUACUUAAUCAAUCUGAAUAUCAACAUCCUGUAUUAGUAAUUUAGAAGAAAUCACAAUACAUUCCAAGAUUUGUGUUGAAAUUACAAAAAUCAUAACUUCUAAACUCAAAAUGA